AUGAGUCAUGAGCAAAUCGUUAUAAGAAAAGACAUUAUUGACUUGACUUGCGAGUUUUUAGAAACAUGGUUCCAUCAGAUCUUAUAUAAACGUAAUAUAUAUCCCAGAGCCAUAUUUGAGACACAAAAGAAGUUUCAAGUGCCUGUCAAGGUAGCGACACACCCAGAUGUUCAAGAAUAUAUUGCAAGUUUUGUUCAAUCGUGCCAUCCAUUAUUAGAAAAGGGUCUUGUCAAAUUCAUCUCUUUAACUGUGCUAAAGGACGAUAAUGUAGCAGAAGAGAAGUUCGUGUUUGAGAUCAAUUCCAUAUUGAACACUGUAGACAUUCCCCUUGAGAUCCUCCAAGAGAGUGAAUCCAUAUAUACCAUGGGCGAUCUUGAGCAGCAUUUAAGAGCAUGUUUGAUCAAGUUGGGUUCUGUUGUGCAGGAAUCAACAGACAAUGACAGACGAUUCGCAUUAUCUAUCGAAACAGUACAAGAUGGAUAUCCACAACAAGGUACAAUCGAUUGGAUUCCUGCAGGCGAAAACCAUCAUCCUUGGGCCAAACUGAUCCCAUUAAAAUCAGCACCUAUGGACUUAUUUCGCUUUAAUACUUUUGUUAUGGAAGCAUCUAAUAACAAUAGCAAUAGAAAGGGUAAAGAACGUUGCCCAUAA